ACUUUUUCAGUUCCAUCUACUCCCACGUGCAGUUCCUUUCUGAACUUCAGAAACUCCAACCCGUGCAAGACCGCUAGGGCUUCGGCUUGAACAGGGGAUGAAGCUCGGACUUCUCGCAUGAAGCCGUCGAUGACUUGUCCGAUCUGAUCUUGCAGUAUUCCGGCUACCGAUCCGACAUGUUCUCCUUGUACCCAUGAGCAAUCGACAUUUAAUUUCAUCGACCCUCUCUCCGACGGUCUCCAUCUUCUCUAGAUGUGCUUGCACUAUAUCAACUAUGGUGUUCGGAUCCGGUGGCUUAGCUCUGAAGAUGAAGUUGUUUCGAGCUUUCCAUACAAACCAGAGCACCGUCACAACAAGCUCAUUCUCGGAGCAAGAACAAGUGCUCGAUGGUCUCCGGAUGGGUGUUGCAGAGCGGGCAAAUCGGGUUAGGCUCGACGAAGUUUCUCUUGAUCCACCUUCCCCCAUACUCUUUGAUUAUUUUCUUGGAGCCGCGCAAGUGAGAUUGAAGGGAAGGGCAUGGGCAAUGCAAGUUUUUGAGCUAGAAAAGCUUCUGAAACUUGUUUCAUUGUGGGUCUUGACUUUGGAUCCCCACUUAAGCAAGCAAGCGCCAGAGAAACUAUCAGAACAAUACUUCUUAUGACAGAAUUCUGUCUUGGAAUUGGCAAGCGUGGAUCUAAUAUUUGAUUUAGCAUAAUAUCAUCUUGGAAAAGUGUCGGCAACAUUAAGAUGAUAUCACUUGGAUGCUUCCCCAUUAUCGUUUCUAUUGCUACCACUCCAAAGCUAUAUACAUCGCAUUUCUCAUUA